AUGACUCGGGAGCAUCCGUUUCAUAUGCCCCAGAUCAUCGUCCAACGGCUGUACGAGCGGCCGCUAACGGUAUCGCCGCGGACGACGGCAUCGCCGCCAGAGCUCUUCCGAGACGCCGCGCUCUCGUUCGUGCUCCGGCGCAUGAUCCAAUCGAAGGAAUUCCCUAAGCACACGUGUGACCUGGUCUACGCCGCGUACCGUCUGGCCGUCAUGUACGAGCGCAUCGCCGUCAUCAGCGAAAGGGUCGACAAGUUUUCAGACCUCCACGAGUUCGAGAACGCUCGCCCCGACGCGAGCGAAACGUUGCUCAAGGACGCGAGUGAGACGUGGCUCAAGCAGGAUUGCGUCGUCGCGAGCGAAGAGCUGAUUGACAAGGCUCGGGUCAUCACGAUCGAGGCAUUGCGCAAGAAGGGUCGACUCGAAAUGAUGAUGGCGCUGUUCAAGGAUCACGUCGUCACGAGCAAGACGAAGCUCAAGAAGGAUGGCCUCGACGCGAGAGAGAUAAAGCCCACGAACGUUCGGCCCGUCGUCUGGACGGCCACGAUCCCUCUGCGAGAAGACUGCCAGUAUGACGCGAACCAAAUUCCGUUUGUCGAUCACUUUGGCGCGACGUUUACAACCAACGUUGACGGCAUCUCGUCGCCCAAGAUCGUCACGUGCAACAGCACGGACGGCAAGGCGUACAAGCAAGUGGUCAAGCCCGGCAACGUGCUCCCCGACGUUGCUGUCAUGCGGCUCAUGCAGUUCUUCAACACGUCGCCGCUACGGGCCAACCCGUUUGCGGGGCUGUUUCGCACCUACAUCGUGCACGCGAUUGCACAUAUCGUCGGUGUUCUCGAGUUUGUCGGCGGCGCCGAAGCGAUCAAGGAACGCGCCCUGGAGAACGACGCGACGUACGCGACGAUGGCUCAGUGGAACCACACCCGCGACGUCGCCGACACCGCAACGCGCCUCCAGAUCAUAGCCCAGGCCCCCGUCACGCUCCCGCAGUGGUUUCUCCGCACGUUCCCAGACCCGUACGCGUGGUACCAAAGCCGACUCGUCUUCACGCGCACGCUCGCGGCGUCGUCCAUGCUGUGCCUUCUGAUUGGUCUGGGCGACCGGCAUUGCGCGAACGUCAUGCUCGACACGACGAGCGGCGCCGUCGUCAACAUUGAUUUUGGCAUCGUUUUUGAUUGCAACUGUGCGUACCAGUCCCGCGACGAGGCGGUGCCCUUUCGAUUGACGCGCAACCUGGUCGCGGCCCUCGGACCGAGCGGCACGGGUGGCUUGUUUGCCGUCGCGUGCGCCGAGACGCUCGAGGUACGACAUCCUACUACAUCACGGCAACACAAAAUGCAUCGUGUUUGGGUAGUUUGCGCGCCAGCACCAAUGCGAGAUCCUGCAACUCCUCCAGGUGCGCCACCACUCGACCCGACCGUUGCGGAAGAAGGUGUGCGCUGUGUGAAAGAGCGCUUCCAGAAGUACGUGCCGCCCCAAGUACCAAUCACCAUGGACAAAGUCGCGGAGCUCGUGGCAGUGGCAACGGAUCCCAACAAGCUCGCGGCCAUGCCCACGCCAUGGGCGCCGUGGUUUUAG